GGCCUCUAUCCAGCUAGGACUGGAUGGAGUGGCAGCUUCAAACACAGGUCUUUUACCUUGGGCUGAUGUUACGAAACCGUGUGACUGCCGAGCUGUAUAUAAACCUCCCAGACCCUGCAUUCCAGGGUUUCUUACAUCUGGAAGCAGCUGGACUUUCUUUUCUAAAGCCGAUCUUAAGGAUUCGAAAGGAUGGACCUAAAGGUUUUUGGGCUUUUAAUUGCCCUAUGCUAUUUUGGGAGUUCUGUAGCCUUCAAAUAUCAGACCAGAGAUUGCACCGUGAGCAACUUCAGGGUGAUGCAAAAUUUUGACAAAUAUCGGUAUGCUGGGACUUGGUAUGCAGUGGCCAAGAAGGACCCAGAAGGACUGUUUCUUAUUGACAACAUAGUGGCAAAUUUCUAUGUGGAUGGAAAUGGAAAAAUGACAGCAACAGCCCGAGGCCGAGUCGUUCUCUUGCAAACCAUUGAAACAUGUGCUGAUAUGGUGGGCAUAUUCCAGGAGACAGAGGACCCUGCUAAAUUUAGGAUGAAUUAUUAUGGUCUCCUUGCCCACCUUGAAAAAGGAUAUGACGACCACUGGGUGGUGGAUACUGAUUAUGACAACUAUGCCGUUCACUAUUCAUGCCGUGAGGAAGAUGUGGAUGGCACAUGCAUAGACGGCUACUCCUUCAUUUUCUCCCGUGAUCCAAAUGGCCUGACCCCAGAGAUACAAAGAAUUGUCAGGAAGAAGCAGGAGGAGCUCUGCUUGGACCGAAAAUACAGAAUUGUUAGGCACAACGGGUUCUGUGAUAAAACCACAGAAUAAAUACCAGGAGCCUUUUGAUUUCAAGUCUGCAAGAAGAUCCUGCCACCCUCUGCAUCCUUUUACCUUUUCAAGUAAAUCUAUAAUGAAUCUUGGAUACGAGGCAACGUAUUGAAAUGAUGACCGCAGCCAUGUACAUAUUUUAUUUGGUUUUACUGUAUGAUGUUUGCAGCACUUCGCACACAAGCUGAUUCCUUCUGUAAAGCUUUCUGUGAUAUGUUUGAUUCACCCUUUCCAGAAAUGAUCCAAUAAACGUCCACUUUAAAGAAA